CUGCUGCUGCUGCUGCUGCCCGCUGGCUGCCCGGUGCGCGCGCAGAACGACACGGAGCCCAUCGUGUUGGAGGGCAAGUGCCUGGUGGUGUGCGACUCCAGCCCGUCGGCCGAUGGCGCAGUCACCUCCUCGCUCGGCAUCUCCGUGCGCUCAGGCAGCGCCAAGGUGGCCUUCUCCGCCACGCGCAGCACCAACCACGAGCCGUCGGAGAUGAGCAACCGCACCAUGACCAUCUAUUUUGACCAGGUCUUAGUCAAUAUUGGCAACCAUUUUGAUCUCGCCUCCAGCAUAUUCGUAGCUCCAAGAAAAGGCAUCUAUAGUUUCAGCUUCCACGUGGUCAAAGUGUACAACAGACAGACCAUCCAGGUCAGUCUGAUGCAGAACGGCUACCCGGUGAUCUCUGCGUUUGCGGGGGACCAGGAUGUCACCCGAGAGGCAGCCAGCAAUGGCGUCCUUCUGCUCAUGGAGCGAGAAGACAAAGUGCACCUCAAACUGGAGAGGGGCAACCUGAUGGGGGGCUGGAAGUACUCCACCUUCUCUGGCUUCUUGGUCUUCCCCCUCUAAGCCUGGGGCCCCACGGAGCUGCGCUCUGGACCCCGCCUCCACCCU